UUGGGCACGUGACAAGCAUGGGAUCUUUUUUUAGCGCUACUAUUUAGUACUAACGUUGUCAAAGUUAGCUGUUAAACUAAUGAACCGCUCUUUUUAGGACUACCAAAUCUUUCCUUUGAUAACUAUCGUACACGUGUCACUGCACUGUAUAUGUACGUUGGCCUACUAAUCACGUGCUGGGCCCCGUCUUCCACUCCCGCCUUCGUCUCCAUUCUCAUCUUUCUUCCCUCAAUCGCGAUCGACGACCAUAACAAUAAAUUAAAAAAAAAACACUAGCGACAAAAAAACACGACCGAAAAGUUUCAUGUUCAAAUUUGUCGGAAAAAGACCAGAGAAAGUGCCUGUCCAAAUUUUCCAAGCUCCAAAUCUACCAAAAAAAAAAAAAACAAAACGAAAGUUUAUGUAAAUUUUCAGGUUGAUUUUUUGUUAGUAUAAAAUUCAGUGAGAUUUGAAGAGCAUGAGCUUACUCGUUUAAUUUCGAUCGGAUUUAUUGCCUUAAUAAUUGAGAAUGUGAAAAUUUCAUAGGUUUCUCAAUUUUGUUUACUUUUAUGGAAGAGAAAAAAAGUUAUAAAGGAAAUUUAGUAGUUUCGAGCCCUAAAGAAUUGGCUAAGAGUAGUUUCAGACACAUAACUCCCAUUAGGAAUCGUAGAGAUGUUAAGGAUGUAGCAGGUCAUGCAUCAAUCUUUUUACUCGAAGUUGCUGCAUUAGAAACAGUUAGAAGGGUUUCAAAGGCUAAGUGCCCCUUUUUAUGGCGCGGUAUUCAGGCUCUGCAAGUUAUAUGCUAUCCGCCCCUUAACUGUAUUCAGAAAUGGGCUCCUUUUAAGGGUUUGGUUAAAGGAAUGCAGAUGUUGUCGAUGCCACUAUUGGUGCUUUCAGUCGCGACAGCAUUUUCUGAUCAAGAAGAGUUCAAUGGUGCAGCUUUGGAUGGUAGAGCUUCUCCAGAGUAUCCAGAAUCACAUUCUGAGGAACCCUCUGUGCAGUCUGCCUUGGAUGUAAGUAAUGAAGCUUCCCAAAAUCUAGAGUGCGAAAGCUGGUUGGUUCAACUCCACAAAGAGCUGGAAUAUCAAGGAAUUAGUUUACCAGAGAGAAUCAAUGAUGAAGAUCUCCGUAGAUUUUAUACAGUUGCAAAUGGUGACUUUUUAGUUUUGCUAUCAUCAAUUAAAAAGACAAUCAGAUGGAGGGAGACAUAUAGAAUUCUUUCUCAAGAAGAGCUUGAGACAUGGGCAAACAUGGUAUUUUGGCAUGGAUAUGAUGUCAUGGACCGACCUUGCCUCAUAGUGCGGCUUGGGCUAGCUUGCUCCAGCUUGCCAUCUCAUGACAGACCUCUAUUUGCUCGGGCAGUCAUAUCUCAAGUAGAGCAUGGAGUUAUGCAUUUAGUUGGUCCAGAAAAUCCUGAAGUUACAGUUUUAGUAGACUGUGAAGGAUUAUCUCCUUUCAGAAUUCCGAUGCAAAUAAUGAGAUCCUGUUCUUCCCUCUUGCAAGACCACUACCCCAACCGUCUUGGCUGUUUGUUUGUUAUACGGCUUCCUCCAGUUGUUCGUGUCAUUGCUCAGACUUUUAUUCAGGUUUUGAAACCAGUUACUAGGAAGAAGUUAAAAAUUCGAGGAGAAAUGGACCACAAGGUUCUCUUGGAGAAUCUUCAGGCAUUCCCAUCAUAUCUUGGUGGAGAUUGCAGGUGCACAAAAUGUUUAACUAUUGGUGUUCAUGAUGUGAAGCAUCCACGCACAGACCAUAUCAACAAGAAACGGGCAAAUGAUGGUGUUACCAAUAGUGAGGAUAUACCCUCACCCAAUGUAAUUUGUCAGGAUGAUAUUGACCAGAGUGGGAGCUGUGACCAGGUUAAAAACUAUAAAGCAUUAAAGCUGGUACAGAAGCAAUAGGAUUAGACAUGAAGGCUUUGUCUCUUUGUAAUGAUGCUGCUCAUAUAUAUGCAACAAAGUACUGUAUACAAACAGAUUUUCAUGGUGAUGGCCAGUGGGUUACACAUCCUGUGGCUAUUUUGUUCUAUGCAUCGUCUCUAGGAGUCUUCCCCACUAGCAGGUGUCUUCAGAAUUCCAUUUAUUUUUGUAUGAAUGCCUCAGCAAGAGAAUAAUAGAUUGUUUUAAGAGAUUCAUCGAUGACCGGAUAAUUAAAAAUGUGAAGAAUGUUGUAGAUGCCAUGGUAUGAUACAAAUUAAUUGUUGAAGGCAAUUUUUUUUUCUUGUAAUUCAGAUUUCAGAGCCUAAUUUCUAUCUGUUAUUGGAAGCUGUUUGCAUUUGAAUCUUGUUUAAACAGAUUUGCAUUAUAGAAUUAAGCAUAUAUAUCAUGUUGUUGGCAGCAUUAUAUCACAACAGGAUCAAAGGAACUAUUAGAAAUUUUACCAACUAGAUUCAACACAGUUUAGACUGAAUAUAACAUCAUAGUUUGUUGAUCUUCUAUGGGA